AUGCCUAAUAAUACUACAGGAAAGAGAAAACAUUCAAGUCAAGCUAGAAAGAUUCAUCGUGAACAAACCUUAAAAGAAAUAAAUGAAUUAGAAGAAAAAUGCCAAAGUUUGAAUGUCGAAGCCAGCUUUCAAAAGUUCAAUGAACUACCAAUUUCACCUCCUACGCUUGAGGGCUUACAGCAAGCAAACUUUAUAGAAAUGACUGAAAUUCAGCAAAAAGCAAUUCCACUUGCAUUAAAAGGAAAAGAUAUAUUAGGAGCAGCUAAAACCGGCAGUGGUAAAACUCUGGCUUUCCUCAUUCCGCUGAUUGAACUACUAUAUAGAAACAAAUGGACCCAAUUAGAUGGAUUGGGUGCUCUUGUUAUAGCACCAACACGAGAAUUAGCAGUUCAGAUAUUUGAAGUAUUACGUAAAAUUGGAAAUAGGCAUUUUUUGUCGGCAGGUCUUAUUAUCGGUGGAAAGGAUGUACAAAUUGAACAAGAACGUAUUAAUAGAAUGAACAUAUUAAUAUGUACACCUGGACGUUUAUUACAGCAUAUGGAUCAGACAGCAUAUUUUGAAUGCUCUAAUUUACAAAUUUUAGAACAUAGCACACCACAAGAUUUAUAUCAACAUUAUUUAGUAUGUGAUUUGACGGAAAAACUAGACAUUUUAUUUUCAUUUAUCAAAUCACAUUUACAAGUAAAAGCUGUAGUAUUUUUAUCAAGUUGUAAACAGGCUAGAGUUCCAUUACUUCAUCUACACGGAAAACAAAAACAAACUAAACGAGUAGAAAUAUUUAAUAAAUUUUCAGCCAUGAAAACGGCGUAUUUAUUUGCCACUGAUAUCGCGGCUAGAGGAUUAGAUAUUCCAGCUGUUGACUGGGUUAUACAGGUGGACGCGCCAGAAAGUGCAGACACUUAUAUUCAUAGAGUAGGACGUACCGCAAGAUAUGAUGCUUCAGGACAUGGGUUAUUGUUUUUACUUCCGUCGGAAGAACAAGGAAUGAAAGAAGUUUUGAAAAAGAAAAAAGUUCCAAUUGAACAAAUUCAAGUGAAGUCUAAUAGAAUGACGAGCAUACAGAAACAAUUGCAGUUUUUAUGUUUUAAAGAUUCUGAAAUUAAAUAUCUUGGACAAAAGGCAUUUAUUUCUUAUAUGCGAUCUGUUUACUUACAAAGUGAUAAGUCAAUAUUUAAAGUUGGAGAAUUGCCAGCUGAAAAAUUUGCAGCAUCUCUUGGAUUACCAGGAACUCCAAAAAUCAAAUUUAUCAAGAAAUCACAAGCAAAAAAUGCAAUACGUCAAAAACCCAGGGAAUUUGAAGAAGAUGAGGGUGGAUCGAGUUCAAGUGACGAAGAGAAGGAUGAUGAUAAUAAUAAUCGUAACAUAGAUCAUGAAGAUGAUAAAGUUAUAGGAGGGGAUGAUGAUGAUGAAUUUAUUACUCUUAAACCCAAAUCCAAGAAAUUAUCAAUCAAGAAUGCGCCAAAAGGUGAAAAACUGGUGUUUGAUGAAGAUGGAAAUCCACAUCGAAUCUAUGAGUUGCGAGAUGAAAAGGAAUUCCACGCAGCGGGACCUUUAAUUGUUCAAAAACAAAAAUUCUUAAGCAAGGAAUUAGAAAUGAUGGCAUUAGAGGAUCAAAUGGACAAGGUGACUGCAAAAGAAAAAAAGAUUGAAAUGAAAUUAAAGAAAAAAGCUAAAUUAUCAGUUGAAAUUGAUUAA